AUGGCGCAACCACAGAAAAGCAUCGCUCAAACCUCGUCAAGAGAGGUCCAAGUCGAUACACCAAAGUUACCUGAUCGCUAUGCAGAUGAGAGCUACAAGCUAUUCUCCCAGGUCAAGGUCGACCCCCCAACACCAGAGGAAGCACAGAGAAUCCGGAAUAAGUGUAUUCGCUGGAUUCUGCCCUUCUUGUGUGUCGGUUACCACCUUAUGUAUGUGGACAAGCAGACUCUAGGAAGUUCUGCGAUUCUGGGCAUCCUUGAAGACGGCCAUUUAAACGCUACCCAAUACAAUUGGCUAUCAUCAAUCUUCUACCUUGGAUAUCUGUUGGCAGAAUGGCCACAGAAUCUGGCUAUUCAACGCUUCCCUGUCGCGAGAUGGCUGGCAAUCAACUUGACCGUUUGGGGAUGCAUCUUGCUGCUUCAUAUCCCAUGCAACAACUUUGCUUCAUUCUUCGUCGUCCGCUUCUUCCUCGGUGUGGCAGAGGCAAGCAUCGUGCCAUCGUUCCUCGUCAUUCUAUCCAUGUUCUUUACAUAUGAUGAACAAGCGGUUUUGAUGCCGAUUAUGUGGGCUAUCGGGAACUCAAGCCCCAUCACCUCGGGGCUGCUCUCCUACGGCGUCCUCUUUAUCGAUACUGGCAGCUUCGCGCCGUGGAGAUGGUUCAUGGUUAUCACUGGCACCUUGACCGUCAUAUACGGCAUCUCCGUGUGGAUCUUCUUCCCCGGAAGUCCCAUCACAGCCCAUUUUCUCACGCCUGAGGAACGGGCUCAGGCCAUUCUCCGCAUCGAGUCAAACCAUUCCGGAAUCGAGCAGAAGCACUUUAAGAAGUACCAAUUCAUCGAAGCCAUCAAAGAUCCAAAAACUUGGCUAUUCUUCCUUCACGCGUGGUCUCAGGAAAUGGCCAACGGUCUGACUAAUCAAUACUCGCUCAUCAUCAAGUCAUUUGGCUUUACCACUCUUCAGACGACGCUUUUGGGGUGCAUCAAUGGUGUUACUGCGCUUGUGUCUCUUGGUGCAGCGGCUUGGAUCUUGGCAAAGACCCAUAAUUGUCGGGCUUGGGUGUCUGCGGUGGCAUACAUACCUCCCAUUGUAUCCUGCAUCAUGCUGCUAACUCUUCCCUGGGGUAACCGCUGGGGUCUACUGACAGCUAUCUGGAUACGUGCAACUGGCGGAAUCCCCUACGCUGUUGUCAUGAUUUGGGCCGCCAACUGCUCUGCUGGACACACCAAGAAAACUGCGGUAAUCGCCCUGUACCACGUUGGGUACGGUUUGGGCAACAUUCUCUCACCCCAGUUAUUCCAGCCACAAUACGCUCCUCGAUACCUCGUGACUUGGGGUGUCAUCCUCGGCGUGGCCUGUAUUCUCCCAACUUGCAUUGUCCUCUACCUAAGAUGGUAUCUGGCAAGGGAAAACAAGAGACGAGAUGAAAUCGACCGCCAAGGUCUGAUCAGAGAGGUUGGUGUUAUUGAGCAUGUUGAUGAAAGUGGAGAAACGACGGAGGAAGUGGUGAACACCAGGCAGCUGGACCUGACAGAUCGAGAGAACCUUGCCUUCCGAUAUGUCCUGUAG